AUGAACACUUUCUUCUUCCUGUUAUUACUACUUGCUACAACCACUUUUGCUUUUCCUACUUUAGAAAAGAGCCAAGAUGAUGAUAUUACUAGUUUACUAGGUAAAUACGUCGCCAAUUUUUAAAGAUUACGAUUUUUGCAGAUCAUAGGUUUAUUAUUGAACAUGUUAUGUAUCUAAACUUCGAAAAGUAAAACUACUAAUAACAAUAACAAGAAGGAGCUGGAACAACUAAAGUAAUAUUUUAGAAAAGCAAGAAGAUGAUGCAAUCACUAUCAUAGAUAAAAUAUUAAAACGUCGUGAGGCUAUUCCAGGGCCUCCAGGUGGACCGUUGAAGUCAGUCUGGGCCGAUCUGAACUGCAUUGAACAGAUUAAAGUGUCAAAGAUACUAGACCAUGGUUAUGACAAACAAAAGAAAGUGGUGCACAAGAAACUGGACCAGUUUCUGAAAACUCUAAAUAGCACUUUACAAGAAACUCUCAAGAAAGAUAAGGAAUGGGAGUUGAUCAAGUUGGAUGUGUACAAGAUGAAAGUGAAAACACUCGGUAAAGAUGCUUGGAGAUUGUAUCGUACUCUGUUGGUAAGGCUUAAUUGUUUUGUGGUUAGCCGCAUACAGUAUUAAAAUUUGGUGUAAAUUUAAUUGAAAAUAACAAAAACAGAUGCAUAUUUUCUUUAAAAAAACUAUAAUUACACAAAAUUUGUAAUAAAAUGGUAAUAAAAUACAUAGAAGCAUAUACAGUAUAGUAAAACAACUCUUUUCGUCUUUCAGAGUAUUGUAAAAGACGAAAAGCUGACAUUCAGAGAAGAACACAAGUUGGUCAAGUAUAACAUCAAGAAAUCUCCCAAAUCUGCUUCUGAAAUUGAACAGAAUCACGUUCCUCUGCCAGGCGUACAUUACAGUAAUUCUACAGUCAGCGAAGAGUUCAGAAAAUUGUAA